UUCUUUAUUUCUCUACCAUAUAUUCCCCUAGAAAGAGGUCACCCUGCUAACAACACGACAUAGGAGGAGGAAUGGGUCUCUGGAACUGGCCAUGGAGAGCAGGGUCCUCUGGAUUUGGCUCGUCUUCAACAGCUGAACAAGUCACUGAAGGGAUCGAUGCCGAUAAUCUCACUGCAAUUGUCACAGGAGCAACAAAUGGCAUUGGCAAAGAGACAGCAAGAGUUCUAGCGCUGAGAGGGGCUAAAGUCAUAAUACCAUCAAGAACACUCGAAAGCGGCACCAAGGUCAAAGAAAGCCUCCUCGAACAGAAUCCAUCAGCGAAGCUCCAAGUAUUGGAGAUGGACCUGAGCUCCCUCCACUCAGUUGACUCCUUCGCGCGCUCCUUCAGUUCAUCAAACAAACACCUUAACAUCCUCAUAAAUAAUGCAGGAAUAAUGGCGUGCCCCUUUCAGCUGUCAAAGGAUGGAAUAGAGUUGCAAUUUGCUACGAAUCACCUAGAGAUGGAGAAAAGAAAAACGAACAAUCACAGAGGAUACAUAGAAUUUUAUAUGGUUCACUUCUCAACGAGAGAAGCUACGUCCACGGCCGCCGCAAGAAAAAAUUCACUUUUCUCAGGACAUUUCCUGCUCACCAAACUCCUACUAGAAAAGAUGAAAGCCACAGCCAAAGCGACGGGAAUACAAGGAAGGAUAGUCAAUGUAUCCUCUGUAGCUCACAAGAGAAGUGAUGGAUCCUGCUUUGAUUUGGAUAAGAUAAAUGACAAAUCAAGAUACAAGCCUUUUGGUGCGUAUUCUCACUCGAAGCUGGCAAAUAUACUUCAUGCGAAUGAGCUAUCUAGGCGGUUGAAGGAAGAGGGAGCCAAUGUAACAGCCAACUCCUUGCAUCCAGGAGUAAUAAUGACCAACAUAGUUCGCUACCUAAACUUAAAUGGUGUGAUAAUUUCUCUUGGUACUAUGGCGAAACCAUUUCUUAAGGACAUCCCCGAGGGAGCUGCAACAAAUUGUUACGUAGCGCUGCACCCCAAAGUGACAAAUGUGACUGGGAAAUAUUUUGUCAACUGCGAUGAGGCAACACCAACCUCCGCAGCAAGAGAUGCCGGUUUAGGCAAAAAGCUUUGGGACCUUAGCGAGGGGCUUAUUAGAACAAACAGACGAACAAAAUAGCAUCUUUCUUGUAGGUGAAUUUGUUUAAUUUGUACACGCUGGUCUGGAUGAUCAAUGACGCUAAAAUUGUUACUAAGCUUUGCUAGUUUCCUUACCGAUCCUGUACAUUUUUGUUUUUCCCCCGCGUAGCUCGAUCCGGUGCUCAAUUUAAAUGGAAAAUGAUGGUUCUGCAGUUGAGGACCUAAAUGAUUUA